UUUAUAAGCUAGCUCGCUUGGAGUGUUUGAGAAUUUUAGGUUUGCUCAACUUUGUCAGAUUAGAGAAGAAAUGGCGGCAGAAGAGGGACAAGUGAUCGGUUGCCACGCGAAUGAUGUAUGGGCCGUGCAGCUCGAUACAGCCAAACAAACCAACAAGCUGAUUGUGAUAGAUUUCACUGCUUCAUGGUGUCCACCAUGCCGCAUGAUUGCUCCAGUUUUCGCCGAUUUGGCCAAGAAGUUCAUGUCAAGUGCCAUCUUCUUCAAGGUGGACGUCGACGAACUGCAGAGUGUAGCGCAAGAGUUUGGUGUGGAGGCAAUGCCGACCUUUGUGUUCAUCAAAGACGGAAAUGUUGUGGAGAAGCUCGUUGGUGCAAGGAAGGAAGAUCUUCAUGCCACAAUAGCCAAGCAUACUGGUGUUGCCACUGCUUAAUUUCGGUUAUGAGACAAUAAGUUCCAGUUAGUUUUAUUUUAAGUUUCGCAUGGAGAUUGUAGAUGCAGAUGAAUAAUGUCGAAGUUAAGUGAUCUCUGACUCUUUCGAGUCUGCAACAAUAUUAUACAUAACUAAGACCAUGCUUUUUGUUA